AUGUAAAUCUCGGAAAAAGGAUUUUAUAGAAUCUUAAAUUCUUAUGAUUAAAACGAUCCAAGAAAGCAUGUCGACUGGACCACAGACUUCACACACGAACUACCUAUUCGAGGCACCAAAGAUCCAAUACCAAUUACAAUCCCAUAAGCAUUCAAAUAAGAUUGUGUUAAAUUCCUUGACAUGCCUGCCCUUUCUGUUAAGCGCAAUAAGAUAUGGCAAACAUUGAGUUACGGAGCAUAUUACAGCGCUGUUCUUGAUUUCGCUUCUGCAUUAAUCGAAUUAAACAUAACUGAAUUAAGUGCAGUCAAUAUUAUCGGUUUCAAUGCUCCCGAAUGGAAUAUUGCUUUCAUGGGCAGCAUACAUGCUCAUAAUCUCCCAGUCGGAAUCUACACCACAAAUAAUCCAGAGGCUUGUCUCUAUGUUAGUGAGCACUCUGAAUGCGAAUUACUGGUGGCAGACACUCGAGAAUAAUUAUAGAAAUAUCUAUCCAUUUGGGAUCGAUUACCUAAACUGAAAGCUGUUGUCCUCUAUAAUGAUAACUUAGACCAUAUUAAAAAUAUUCCUCCAUAUAGGAAAGUCUACAGUUGGAAUGAUUUUCUAGAAAUUGGAAAAAAAUCUAACAAUCUUAAGGUGGUCGACCAAAGAACCAGUAAAUUGGAACCAGGAAAUUGUUGCACUCUCAUCUAUACUUCAGGAACAACAGGUAAUCCAAAGGGAGUCAUGCUUUCUCACGACAAUUAUAUGUUUAUUGUUGCUUAACAUCUCAAGAAAUACAAAAUUGAUGAUGGAUAUAGAAUUGUAAGUUACCUACCCCUGAGUCACGUAGCAGCAUAACUAGUAGAUUUAAUUGGCUUAUUUAGAUGGGGUGGCCACUUGUAUUUUGCAAACCCAGAUGCACUAUAAGGUUCUUUAAUAAACACUCUCAAAGAAGUGAGGCCAACCUUUUUUUUGGGUGUUCCUAGAGUUUGGGAAAAAAUAUAUGAAGAAAUGCAAAAAGUAGCUAAAUCUAAUGGAGUAAUCAAGACUUUGAUUGCAACAUGGGCUAAAUCUUUAGGUAAGAGUGGUACUUUUGCUUAAACGCAUGAGUUAUAACCCCCUACUUGUUUUAAUUUAGCAGAAACAAUGGUUUACUAAUAGGUGAAAAAAGCAUUAGGAUUAGAUAAGGCUGCAUACUUGCUUUUUGGAGCAGCUCCUUUAAAUCCUAAAAUUAGAGAAUAUUUCUUAUCAUUAAACAUGUUUCUGAUCAAUGCAUAUGGAAUGAGUGAAUGUGGUGGUGUUUAGACAUUAUCUUUUCCAGAAAAUUUCUCAUAAUUCGACAGUUUCUUUAUGAGUAGUGCUGGCCAGGCUAUAGAAGGAACUUAAAUGAAAAUCUUUUAACAGGAUAAGGAUGGAAAUGGAGAGAUCUGCUAUAAAGGAAGACAUAUAUUUAUGGGUUACUUUAAAGAUGAUGACUCUACUAGAUAAGCAAUUGAUGAAGAUGGAUUUCUGCAUUCAGGAGAUAUCGGAAAAAUUGAUUAAAAAGGAAACCUAAUUAUUACUGGAAGAAUCAAAGAGUUGAUUAUUACUGCUGGAGGUGAGAAUGUGGCUCCUAUUCUUAUUGAAAAUGAGAUUAAGAAAAAUCUUGAAUUUGUCUCAAAUUGCAUGGUGAUUGGGGAUAAUCGAAGGUACUUAUCAGUACUCCUAACUCUAAAGUAGGAUUAAACAGCAAAAGGAAAAUUGUCAGCAGAGGUCAUUUCUGAAUUUCAGGCUCAGGGGUCUUAGGCUACAACAGUGGAAGAAGCUAAAUUAGAUCCUAAUGUCAAAAAGCACAUUCAAUCUUUGAUAGAUUAAGCCAAUCAAUAUGUGAUCUCUAAAGCAUAAUAAAUUAGAAAGUGGACUAUCAUUGAAGGAGACUUCUCGGUUGAGACUGGGGAAUUGACACCAACCCUCAAAUUGAAGAGGAAAGUAGUAGAAAAAAAAUGGAAAGGGGAAAUUGAAAGGAUGUAUUUAGAUUCAAGAUUAUGA